GAGUAGGAGGUGCGCGGUGCACUUUAAAUCAGGCUAGACAAGUGUUGGGGGAGUGUGUGUGAUGCUACAACCUCCUUAUAAAGGGACUCUCUCUCACGUUGUGGCUUGGAAAUUAGAGCACAUUGCCUAAAAUUGAGGUCUCCACACUCACACACGCCGAGUCACCGAGAGCCGCUGCUAUGAACUGGAUGAACGCUGAGGAGACGCUCCGCAGGGCCGAGACGCCUCUCUUCUGGGUCGGCGCGUUCACUGUGGCCUCUCUGGCGCUGUGGCUGCUCUACAGGCUGCUCUCCGGCUUUAGGAUCUGGGUCUUGGGAAACGGGCAGCUGCUCUCUCCGAAGCUGGGCAAAUGGGCAGUUGUGACGGGAGCCACGGAUGGAAUCGGGAAAUCCUAUGCAGAGGAGCUGGCACGUCGAGGAUUUGCCAUGAUGUUGAUCAGUCGCUCCCAGGACAAGCUGGAUGACGUGGCCAAGUCACUUGAGGACCAGUUUAAAGUGGAGACCAAGACCAUUGCAGUUGACUUUGGCAAGAUGGACAUCUACCAAAAGAUUGAGGCGGGGCUGGCUGGUCUUGAGAUAGGUGUUCUUGUCAACAAUGUUGGUGUGUCCUACGCCUACCCUGAGUACUACCUCCAUAUUCCUGAUCUGGACAACUUCAUCACAAACAUGAUCAACGUCAACAUGACCUCAGUGUGCCAGAUGACCCGUCUGGUGCUGCCUAGAAUGGCUGAGAGGUCCAAAGGUGUUAUCCUGAACAUCUCUUCUGCCAGUGGCAUGUAUCCCCUCCCUCUGCUUACAGUCUAUUCUGCCUCAAAGGCCUUUGUGGAUUUCUUCUCUCGUGGCCUUCAGGAGGAAUACAGGCGUCAUGGCAUCAUCAUUCAGAGCGUGCUGCCCUUCUUUGUGGCCACUAAAAUGACUCGUAUCAGGAAGCCCACCCUGGACAAGCCCACCCCAGAUCGCUACGUUGCAGCUGAACUCGCCACUGUGGGUCUGCAGGGCCAGACCAAUGGCUAUUUCCCCCAUGCUGUCAUGGGUUGGCUGACCACCAAGCUUGUGCCAAUCAACCUUGUCAUCUUCUUUGGAGCCCAAAUGAACCGUCAGCAGCGUACCGGAUACCUGCAGAGAAGGAAGCUGCGGGAGCAGAGGAACGGACAACGUCUGAAGAGUGAAUAGGAGACUCCUGACUGUGUCCUGACCCGGUGCAACGUCUAAGGAAAGGAAAGAUUCUCUUUUGUAUCUCUGGUUUAUCAUCAAGGUUUGUCAAUAAAUGUGCACAUAAAAGCAUGUGUAUGACUUUGUGUUUAAAACAAACUCUGAUCUGAUGUGAUUUUUUGUUUGGAAAGAAAUGCCCAAAGAAUGCAGGAGCUGAAGUGAUAAUAAAAAGCUGCUCUUGGCAAAGGACAUAAUACAUCUUGUCACUGACACCGAUAGUGGAAAUAAUACAACCAAAAAAAUAUUAAAUAAGAGUGAUUUGUUAGCCCUGCUGUUGUAAGCAGUGGAUAAUGGUGGUGGGCAUCUUUUUUAUGUAUAAAUAUUUAUUUUAUAUUUGUGAGCACACAAGACAAACUCAGACCUUUCAACCUAGUCCGGUUUACAAAUCAUUGAGCCAUUUAAAGUUGGCAAUUUCUGCUUUUUUACAUUGCAUUACUGAACUACUAUUAUCAUGCAUUUGCUCUUUCUUACCUUUUUUUCUACAAUAUUGCGUGUUUACAGUAUAUUUAAAAAUGAUACUUUGUGGUAGGUUGUUGCUGUACUUGUUAUAAACCAAAGUUUUUCACAUGGUUAUUAACUGUUGCAUUCAUCACAAUCCCUUUCUACUGACAUUAACGUUAAAUGGUCAGAUUCAAUGAGCGGGUGUUAAAACGGUUAAAAUGUAUUAUGAAAGGAUGUAAUUCAGCUGGUGCGAUGUCCAUGUGAACUACACAGUUGCUCUUAUUUUGUGCCUUUUUUAUUCAAGAUGUAAAUCUUAACAGACAAUGGAAAACCUCUUAACCGCUGCAUAUUUACAGUGGUUCCUCCAGUGUGUUUUGAAAGGAAUUCACAGGAAUUGAGAAUAUUCUCGAUUCAUUGUGGCGCAAUUAUCCCUCCAGUUGAAGUUAAAACAAAAUGUGAAGGUUUUGCAUCAUUGCCUACAGAUUGGUUCACAUACUACUGUUUGCUUCAGAAACAGAACUGCUCCUCUUUACACUGACGCACAAUUGAAUACCCCAUAUGACUUGGUCUGACCUGUGCCUUAACUAUCUUGUGAAUGCUUUUGUAACCAGUUGUUUAAUAUGCUUGGAAAAUAGAAUUUCUACAUGUAAAAUGCACCGUUAUCGUUUAUAUAGCUGGCAUCUCAUGUUUUCUACUGUUUAAUAAAAGUUAUGGCGUAAAGAAAA